AUGAGGACAGCGUUUCUGGUGUUGCUCCUCUGGGCCGUAGCCUGCGCUCACCCUGUGCCUGGCCGCGAGCUCACCCACCCCAGCCACAGCACCCAGCAGGAGGACACAGCAAGUGAAGAUUACAUCAACAAGCUGGGCAACCUGCUGGGUGGUGGAGAUGGCAGAUAUCCUCCUGCCAGUGCAGAGUGGGGGGACAAUGCCCUUGCCGGGGACCUGGCGGGUGGUAACGCCGUGGGUGAGGAGCUGGGCGAGCACAGUGGCCGAGACAAGGGAGGCAGAGUUGGGGAGGCUCAGCACCUGAACCAGGUGGACCACAAGGACACGAGUGCCCGGGAUGGGAACAGCCUUGGUUUCCUGGAGGAGGAUGCACGCGAUGCUGACGAUGGUGACAACAGAGAGCACCACGGCACUGGAGUCAAUGGGCUUCCCUUCCGUGACGGUGGGCUCCUGGAUGAGGAGGAUGACAGUGGGGACGACACCUUCGACGAGAACGGGGAAAAAGAGGAGGGUGAAGGUCCUACUUACGUGGCUGGUGCUGACGAGUCAGGCAAACACGGCUAUGAUGCUGGCCGUGGGGAUGCCGGGGCUGGCAGAGGGCACGGCGACAGCAGUAGCAGUAGCAGCAGUGAGAGCAUCGGGGUGGAGCACAGGCGGUACAGGAACUACUUUGGCAGCCGGUAUGAGCGGACCUACAAGUGGGGAGGGGGCAGCAGCAGCAGCCAGGAGGAGGAGAGCUACAACUUUGAGGAUGAAGCUAUGCAGGGCGAUGACCCCUCUGUCUUCGAUGGCCCAGGCAGCAGCUACCAGGGGCACCGUGCUCGCCCCCGCACUGCGUGGAGCAGCCGAGAGAGCAGCCCAGGGGUUGGCUCCCACCACUGGGAGGAGGGCGACAGCAGAUCCCCAGAGGUGGAGGACACUGACUCAGGAGAAGACAGCCCGUCCAUGGAGGACAACAGUCAGUCAGAAGAGCCUGUCACCAGUCAGUCAGAGGAAAGCAGUGCCAGCCGCUCCAGGGAGGAUGGGGAGGACAGCCCCUCCAGGGAGGGCGAGGACAGCAAGUCCAGGGAGGGCACUGCUGAUCAGUCGGACGAAGAGCUAGGGGAGUCCCCGGAGGACAACUUCCAGGAGGUGGUGAGCACGUCAAGCGGGCGCAGUGGCAGUCAGUCCCAGGAAGAGCAAGAGGACCGGCAGUCUGCCGAGGACAGGAGUGCACCAUCCGCACCUGACAGCGAGUCCGGAGAGGAUGAGGGUGACCAGAGCAAGUCCAGGGAAGAUGAUGGCGACCAGAGCCAGUCCACAGAGGACACUGUGGAGGAGUCAAAGGAGGAUGAAAAUGACUCUGACCCUUAUGGGGAUGUGCCAAGCAUGUCAGCCGAGAGCCAGAGCGCAUCCCCAGAGGAUGAUGGCAGCCAAGAGGACAACGCUGGUGAGGACAGCAGGUCCACAGAGAGCAACAACAGCGAGUCCCAGGAGGACGAUGACAAUGAGGAGAGCCACUCCCAGGAGGAGGCCACCCGUGAGCGCGGAGAGCGGGUGAGCCUCAAGCGGCGGCUGGGCGCCUACCGCAACAAGCCUGCUGCCGACUACGAUGACAACGACUGCCAGGAUGGGUACUGA